AUGGCGGCAAAAUCACAUCCCAUGUUCCAAGGGGGAAUCUGUCUCUUUCUGGUAAACCAAUCUAACAUCUUCUUUGUGAUUCCUAGAUUUCUUGUCCCUCCUAGAAGUGAGGCUGGAGUUGUAAACAAAAUGGUGCAAAAGAAGACUGGUCUGGGAACAAUAUCUCAUGUAUUUGUUAAAUGUCAAUGUGACAAAAUAACUGCAGAUGCUGUUUCACACCUUCUGUUCCAGUGCCAUAGAUUGGAGAUAUUGCGUUGUGGAGGCAGUCACAGAAGUGAUUUUACAGCAUGGAGAUGCUUGAAGUUUUUAAAGCCAAGUUUGGAGGUUCUAGAGGAGGAAUCAUGGGAAGAACUGGAUAGCAGUGUUCUAGCCAAAGGUGCCCAGUCUCUACGCUGGUUGAUAUGGGCAAAAAUCGAUGAAGAUUCAUUAGACAUGCUGAAUACAGACUGCCCACGAAUUCUGGUUAACCCCGUGCCAUCGCAGUUGGGGUUGCGAGGAAUACAGGUUCCAAGGGAAGCUCUACCAAAUGUAGUCCUGGAUGAUCCAGUUGUCAUUGAUGUUGAUCCAAGUGCAUGGGCAGUUGCUGCAGCCCAAAAAGUGAGGUUUGAUGCACGGAGUUCUGAUGUUCCAGAGUUGUCACUGGCCGAGAGGUUCAGGAUGGCUUUUGUAGAGCGAGAUGCACGCCUUGCCCCAAAGAGGGCAAAGAACGCAAGACAACACCAGAGGCGAGCUGAGAGAGAGCGUCUCGUGAUGGACAUGGGCGCAAAAUCUCUUGCCCUUGCAUCAAAGCUGAACCGAUUCCCUCACAACCGCAGCUAAUUGUAUAUUUUUGUUGGCUUGAAAUUGUUGUAAUUUAGUUCUUUUUUUGGCUUGUAAUUUUCUGUAAUUUAGUUGUUUUUAUUUCUUCUUUAAUGUUUUUUUCUACGUGAAUCAUUUUUUCUAGGUGAAUCGCACAUGUUAUUAAGGGUCAUUUGGGUACCUGAAAAUCUAUUACAGUAAACAUAUUACAAGGAAAUACGAGAUUUAUCA